GCCCAAACCUGGGAGAUGGCUUCAGAUGGAGCAUCUCCACUUCCGGGACCAGAUGUGACUAUGAAACCUGGUGCUGCCCUAUCUCCUUUUACUGCGCUUCCCUUUCCCCCACCUACUCCUGGCCCACCAGACCAGCCACCCUGGGAGCCAUCUCCACAGCCCUCCCUGACUUCUGCAUUCUCUCCAGGCAAUCCUCUGGUGCUCUCUGCUUUCCCCAGCCCGCUGUUGGUGACUGGAGAAGCCAGCUCUGGCCCCAGUGGGGCUGGGACUGCGACUGGGAAGGUCAUUGUCAAAGUCAAGGCAGAAGGGGGACCAGCUGAGCCCUCUCAAACUCAGAACUUCAUCCUUACUCAGACAACCCUCAGUUGGAUUCCCUCAGGUGCUCCCUGUGGGGGCUCUGAGGGUCCUCCUGCCCAGUACAUUACAGCUUCUAACAUGAAGCCCAUCCUGCCCACUGAAGCUGUUGGGGUGAGCCAGGAGGGUCCCCCAGGCCUUCCUCCUCAGGCUCCACCACCAGCUGCCCAACUGGCCCCUAUUGUGCCUCCAGAAAAGGCUUGGCCAGGGCCUCAAGGGGCACUUGGGGAAGCAGGUUCUGCAUCCACCCAGAAGCCCUCACUAGGUGACCUGGCCUAUACUUCCAAGGGCGUUUAUGAGAAUUUCCGUCGCUGGCAGCGCUACAAGGCCUUGGCCCGGAGGCACGAAUCCCAAAGUCCUGAUGUAGAAGCUCUUUCCUGCUUUCUUAUCCCAGUGCUUCGCUCUCUGGCCCGCCUGAAGCCUACCAUGACACUGGAGGAGGGACUGCCGAGGGCUGUGCAGGAGUGGGAGCACACCAGCAACUUCGACAGGAUGAUCUUUUAUGAGAUGGCGGAAAAGUUCAUGGAAUUUGAGGCAGAAGAGGAGCUGCAGAUACAGAAUGCACAACUGAUGAAUGGUGCCCAGGGACUGCCUCCUGCAGCCCCUUUGAAAUCUGAUCCUCCAGGGCCACCAGUCCCUGAGGUUUGCCAGCAGCCAGUGUACAUUCCAAAGAAGGCAGCCUCCAAGGCACGGGCUCCCCGCCGGCGACAGCGCAAACCCCAAAGGCCUCCAGUUCCUGAGGCACCUAAGGAGAUUCCACCAGAAGCUGUGAGAGAGUAUAUUGACAUCAUGGAAGGGCUGGAGGGGAGUCACUUGGCCACUGGGGAGUCGGAUGGAAAAAAGGAGGAGCAACAGGAGGAAGAAGCAAUGUAUCCAGAUCCAAGUCUCCUGGGCUACAUUGAUGAGCUGUGUUCUCAGGAGAUCUUUGUCUCCAAGGUGGAGGCCAUUAUUCACCCUCAAUUUAUGGCAGAUCUGCUGUCUCCAGAACAGGAGAGAGAUCCUUUAGCCUUAAUGGAGGAGCUGGAACAAGAAGAAAGACUCACUCUUGCACAGCUGGUCCAGAAGCGACUCUCGGCCUUGGAACAGGAGGAUGUGGAGACGCCUCCAAAUUGCAGUGCAGUUCAGUUGGUCUCGAGCCAUUCUGUUUCUGAUAAGGAUGAAGGUGGGGGUGGGAGGCCUCGGACCUCACCUGGGCCACAGGGGGGUACUGUUUGCCUUGGAAAAGCUGUUUCUUCAGGAAAGCAGGCAAGAGAAAUGCAUGGUGGGCAGCAGCGAGCUCUAGAUGGUUUAAGGGGAAUGCGCAGAGAGGGGAACACUCUGCCAUCCUCGAGUAGCUGGGACCUGCAGGUAGAACUUGGGGCUUCACAGGGAACUCAGACACUCUUGGGUAUGGAGAGAAAAGGGUCUAGGAAGGUCAUAAACCAACUGUCACCACAUCAGGAGGGCCAUCUGGGAGGUGCUGGGUCCCCUGGGCACUGCUUGGCAGCUGACAGGACUUCAGAGGCUUUGCCCCUUUGCUGGCAGGAAGGCCCCCAGCCCAAGAAACCCCCUAGUUUGGAUGUUGAGCUUGAAAAGCCAGCUCGUCCAGAAGGACAAGGGUUAGAAAAGCAGGAUCUGGGGCUGCAGACAGUACAACAGAUGGGGGAACUUGAAGUGCUUCCUCAAGGGAAAGAGCCUUCAGCAGCACUGCAGGAAGGCUCCUCAGGAACCAUGUGCAGAGAUGACAGAGGUCCUCCCAUGGUUCAGAACUGUGAUCAAAAACCUUCCCCUGGAGCAGCUGGGGACAGGGACAGGACCUCUCUUAGCCCAGGACUUUGGCUGAGCAGUGAGAUGGAUGCCGUAGGCUUGGAGUUGCCCUUACAAAUUGAAGAAGUCAUAGAGAGCUUCAAAGAUGGGGAAUGUAUAACUGAGCAUCAGGAACUGGGCUCCAGGAACAGCAUUUCUCUGGGUUCUGGAGAAACCACGGUGCCUAGGGAUGUGGGGAGCAGUGUGGUUCCCUGUGGAGAAACAGAUGCCACAGCUGCCCUAGAAAAGAGAAACUACUGUAGYUUGUCAGUACCUCUGAGAGCCAAUAGCCCAGUCUUGGGACCCAAUAGAGAACAGGACAGUGAUCUCUGGGCUGAAGGUUGUUCUCCACUGCUGGAAAGCAGAGUUGGUACCUCCACAUUGGGGUCUUCCAAAGAAACUCUGCUGCCUGCAUGUCAGGGCAAUCCCAUUAUUCUAGGGACCCAGGAUGCUUCCUCCUUCCCGGAGGGCAGCCAAGAGGCAGGGAGCAGAGGCAAUCUCUUUUCUCCUCUGUUGGAAACCACAGAACAUGAAAACAUACUAGAUGUUAGAGAUAACUGUAGCCUCCAACUAGGGGUCAGCAAGGAUACCUGUCCUACAAAUUUUACUUCUGAUGAUCCUCAAGGAGUGGGCAGGGAAGACAAGGGUUUGUCUAAGCAGAACGACCUUGUUCCUUUACAAAGCAAUCAAGACACCUUGACACUCAGGGCCUCCAAAUCAACAUCUCCUCACCAGGGCCUACAGAGCUCUUCCCCUAGAUGGGGAACCAGGGAUGCUUUAGUCCUGAGAGAAACCUCUCCUAUGAAUAAAACACACACCUCAGAUGUGAUAAAAGGAGGGGAAAAGGAGGAGGGGGAAGAUGAGGAAGAUGAGGGGCUCUCUAACUUUGCCUACCUCUUGGCCUCAAAACUCAGCCUGUCUCCGAGAGGGCCUCCCCUCAGUCCUUGCCAAGCCUCAGGAAGUCGGUCUAUCCAAAGAUCAUCCUACCCCUCCACUGAGGAAAGAGGCCUUAGCCAAGCUCCAUAUCCUGUCAAGUCUGGAAAGCGGGCUGUAGUUGGAGGUCCAGCUGCUGCUGAAAAGAGACCCCAAUCAGGAACUCAACUUGGGGUCCCUGGGGAGAAACCCCUGGCUCUGGGAGCUGUGCGACCCUCACAGCCUCGUAAAAGGCGGCGUGACAGUUUUGUCACAGGCAGAAGAAAGAAACGACGUCGUAGCCAGUAG